AUGGCGGAUUUAGAGGUAUCCCGUUCAUCUGGCUCCAUGGAGAUCCACGAGGGUAGUCAGGAAAAGGCCGUCGCAAAAACUGAGGCCAUCGACCCCCACAAGCCUGAGAAGAGCCUCGUCUCAGCGGCAUACAACCUGCAAAUUGGCGAUGAAGACCCAACCUCGGAAGAACUGGAUGGCCCAGAUGCUCUACGACGUAUCUCAGCCCCGAUUCCUUGGGCUGUCUAUACGGUCGCCUUUGUCGAGUUGUGCGAGCGAUUCUCCUACUAUGGAACUCAAAUUUUGUACUCAAACUUCGUGAACCACGCACUUCCCCAGAUCAACGGCCCUGCCGGCUCAAACCAUUGGACUGGCGCAGGUGGUGGAACUUCUCAAGGUGUUUCUGGAGCUUUGGGAAAGGGUGUCCAGACUGCCAACGGUGUCAACACCUUUAAUACUUUCUGGUGCUACUGUGUUCCACUGCUUAGUGCUUACAUCGCCGAUGAGUACUGGGGCCGAUACAAGACCAUCUGCUGGUCUAUCGGUAUUGCCAUCAUUGGCCACAUCAUUCUGGUCGUUUCUGCCGUUCCAACGGUAAUCACAGACACAACGGCCUGCUUCGCUGUCUUCAUGCUGGGUGUCAUCAUUAUGGGUCUGGGUACUGGUGGUUUUAAGCCCAAUAUCUCGGCACUUGUUGUCGAACAGAUCCCUGUGGUGAACCUCAAAGUGCGUGUUCUGCCAUCAGGCGAGCGUGUCAUUGUCGACCCCACAAUCACUCAGAGCCGAAUCUACCACUACUUCUAUCUGUUCAUCAACAUUGGUGCUUUGAUCGGUCAAAUUGGAAUGGCGUACGCAGAGAAAUACGUUGGUUUCUGGUUGGCAUUCUUGCUUCCCACCCUCAUGUUCCUGACUACUCCUUUCGUGAUGUGGUGGGGACGCAAGCGUUACCGCCAGUCUCCUCCCCAGGGCUCAGUCACCUCCAAAGCAGUGCAGACUCUCCUGUUCGCUCUCAAGGACCGCUGGCACUGGAACCCCGUGAAGUUCUGGAAACGCACCCACGACGGCACCCUCUGGGAAUGCGCCAAGCCAUCCAACAUCCCACCACACCUGCGCCCUAAGUGGAUGACCUUCGACGAUGCCUGGGUCGACGAGGUGCGCCGUGGUUUCGCCGCCUGUGCCGUCUUCUGCUGGUACCCACUGUACUGGCUGGCAUAUGGCCAGCUGACCAACAACCUGACUGCGCAGGCCAGCACCAUGACCCUACACGGCGUGCCCAACGACGUGGUCAACAAUCUGGAUCCCUUCGCCUUGAUCAUCUUCAUCCCCAUCUGUGAUGCCUUCAUCUAUCCCGGUCUCCGGAAGAUGGGCUUCAGAUUCACAGCCAUCAAGAAAAUUUUCGUCGGUUUCAUGCUCGCUGCGCUAGCCAUGGUCUGGUCCGCAGUCGUCCAGUACUACAUCUACAAGACCUCGCCUUGUGGCUACCAAGCCAACAACUGCUACACAGAUGAUGGCACUGUUCGCCCUGCUCCUCUGAAUGUGUGGAUUCAAACGGGCGCUUAUGUUCUCAUUGCCUUCUCCGAGAUCUUUGCCUCAAUUACCUCCCUCGAGUACGCUUACUCAAAAGCUCCUCGUGGCAUGCGUUCCCUAAUUCAGGCUAUUUCGCUCUUCACCAAUGCCAUCUCCGCUGCUAUCGCCGAGGCACUGAACCCACUCUCUGCCGAUCCGCUCCUUAUCUGGAACUACGGUAUCUUCGCCGUGUUGGCCGCCUUUGGUGGUGUGGGACUCAUGUGGUCGUUCUGGAGCCUGGACAAGGAGGAAGACGAGCUCAACAACUUACCCGAGGGUCGUGUUAUUGCCGACGAGAAGGCUGCCAUUGGUACUCUGGAGGCCGCAGAAAUUGGUCCCGUGAAGGGCUGA